AUGUCAUCAUUGCGAAUAUCCACACCAGAGUUCGCACAUAUUUAUGAUGAUAACAGUGAUGAUAACAGUGAUGAUAACAAUGAUGAUAACAAUGAUGAUAACAGUGAUGAUAACAAUGAUGAUAACA